CGGUUUCCCUGAAUUUAGUUUUAGUGCUUGUUGUCAGUUGGGAGGAAAGACAGACGUCCUUUGCUGUUUAUGUAUGGUUGAAGACUUGGCUUGUUAGUUAGCCAUGUCUCGCUUUACCAGUGCCUUCAUUGCAUCUCCUUAUAGAAGUGAUCAGGCGCCAAAAUCAACUGAUAAGAGGUGGAGUAGGCCUCCAGAGGGCCUUGUUGUACCCCAGGAUGUGGAGAGGGGGCUGGGGCCAUGGAGUAAGGACCAGGGGCCGUCCAGCUCAGACCCCCCUCUCCUCCCUCAGCUGUGGGGACCCAAACGGCACCUAGGCCAGUCCAGCCCUGGACCCAGGGUUCCCAUGGAUACUGCUACCAGGUACAGGAUGACCAGCAGACAGCAGACAGGAACAGCUAUCCUGGUGCGUGGUUGUCGCAGGCAGAGUCCGCUCCCUCUACAGGGUACAGCUGUAGGGAGACUGGGGCUGUCAGAGGAGGAGGCCAAGGAGCAGAUGGAGAACGACACAGUGGAGUUGGUGAGAGAGCUGGUUACCAUGCCGUCCAGAGACAGAGUCAAAGCUGUACGAGGCCUUCCUGUAAGUCUGGGGGAGCGCAGAAACAUCAGGUGCCGUGUCUUAGCAGAGAAGUUCUCCAGGAGGAGUCUAGAGAGAACAAGCUGCACUGACUGUUGGGAGCAGAUCUCACUGUCUGUUCGUAGGUGCAGCAGUGUGGUGUUUUUCAGACAGUCUCUCUCUCUGUGGCGCGGUUCUCUGAGGGAGAUCAGUGGAAGGUUUGGUUCUGCUGUUCUCUGCUACUUCCUGUUUCUAAGAUGGCUGCUCCUCUUCAACCUCCUCUCCUCCCUCCUCAACCUCUCCUUCAUCACGUUGCCGUGGGCGAUGCUUAGCACCGACACUCAGGGCGCCGGGGCAACUGCCGGGUUCAGGGGACUGGAGCUCCUCACUGGAGUGGGGUGGUUCAACGUGUCCAUGCUGUACUAUGGUGUCUACAGCAGUAACAGUGUACUGUCUAGUUAUAACAUCCAGCUAGCUUACCUCUUUACCAUCACCUCCUACAUGCUGCUCUGUGGAGCCUCAGUCAUAUACAGCAUGGCAGGGUGUCUCCAGACUGGUGUUGUGGCGUCAGGUGUAGCGGCUCAGAGACCUGGCUCUCUGUCUGGAAGAGGAGAUGACUACUGGAGACUGUUGUGUAGCUGGGACUUCUCUCUGCUGCACCACGCGGACAUACACACACACAGGACCAACCUGCUAGUACAUCUCAAGGAGUCUCUAAGGGAGAGCAGAGUGAAGAGAGAGCUGUCUGUGUCAGACAAGAUGAGGGCCUGUCUGGUCCGUCUGGCUGUCUGGCUUCUGUCUGUCUGUCUGGCUACUGGGGCCUGUGUGGCUGUCUACUACCUCUGUCAACACAACCUGCAGCGUGUGGUAACGUCCCCCAGUCCAGAGGAUGUCCUGACAGAGGCCUGGUCUCUGCUGCUGCCUGUAGCAGUGUGUGUCCUCAACACCUUCAUAUCACUACUCUACACACACACACACAGACUGGAGCGCUACGAUAGCCCACGGACACGCGUCUACGUCACGGUGCUCAG